AUGGAGCAACGGGAGUCUGAUCUUGCUGUUGUUUGCCGCCUGGCCCAUGAGCAUCUAAGCGAUGGUGCCACACGGAAUGAUAUUCUCAGGCGGCUCCCACGAGACUUUCGCAGUGGCGUUGACGAGAUUGUGAAGGACAUUCACACAAGCAUAGAGGUUCCACCAUUAUUCACCACAAGUGGUGGAACUCUCUCCUUUGUCUUCAAGAAGCUAAUAACCUACCAGACACAACAGAAUCAUCACCAACCUCCAGGUCGUCUCCAACGAUUCACAAGUUUUAGUGCAAGAGAAGCGAACAGCUGUGACAACUUCCAUGCAAAACGAGUUGUUUGCGAGCUGUUGAAGACGUGGGCUUGUUGCAGUCAGGGAGCUGUCAAUGAUGAGAGCAUUCUUCCUGAAGAAGUCGAUCCGUAUUUAAACUUUUUGCGACAUCUCAUGUACUACCAUGACAGAUGGUCUUCCAAACUGUGGGGAUCUGAUGCAUUUCUUGAAGUGAUGGUCCAGACAAUCCGAAAACUGGAGAGUUUAAAGCGAGACACUUCUGACGCAAGACAGAAAUACCUGAGAGUCUUGGAACAUAUCAGCGAUGCUUCCAGUGAGUUGCUUGAUCAUGCACUGCGGGUCACAAUACUGCUUGUCAGCGACCAGCACGCAGAGCUCGAGCAGCUUGUCGCCAAAGAAGGUCCGAUGACGUUGAAAUUCCUGGCUCAGCCUUACCAUAGGCACAACUCCCAGUUUUGGUCUACAGAUUUGGGUCAGGUUUUACACGCGGCAUUGGUACGAUCAGAUCCACAACGGUUCAAACCUACGGGCACUGGAGAUACUGAGACUGUCACAGCUGCUCGUAUUUGGACUUUGUGGACUGAUGAGCUGCGAACGCCGAAGAGAUACGAAUACUCGAGCCCGGAAGAAGCGAGACAAGUCUUUGAACGGUGCAGGUGUUGCACGAUCCUCGUUGGCCCCGAAGGCAAGAUACAGGAGAAAAGCUUUGCUGCUGGACAGAUGCUCGCAAAGGUCUUGCAAGAGGAUAGCACUCUGCGGGAACUCAACCGUAGAGUUGACCAGCACAUUGCUUUGCAAAGGGCAGCUUUGGGACUACCACCACCUGUGCAGGUGACUGCCAUAGAAGCUUUUCUGGAAGAGCCUGGCACGGUUGCAGCUGAGAACGUUGAAGCGGAAACUUAUUGGCAUGAUGCAGUGCAGAAGGUCCGGGAUGCAUGGAUGGCAGGACAAAUAGAGGCUACUGGUGUGGCGGAGCUUUUCCGUGGUGGCAAGAAGGUCAAGUGGGUUGAAGGUGUUUUCGAGAAAGAGUCCAAGUCAUCAGACUUCCCAACAAUUAUUCUGGAUUUGAGCAAGGCAUUUUCCGACUUGCUCUGCUGUCACAAGGAGGUGAUGUCUGCUGUGCGUGGCAUGAUCAGUGAAGGUGGUAGCAAAGAAGCAUUGGCGGCCAUCUAUGCUUUGCGGCAGAGAAGCACAAUCACUGGGCAGCUAGAUGGAUGUAUGCAGAGAUUUAUGGCGAGUGCCAACCUUCUUCACGGUUUCUACGAGCAUCUCUUCUUCGAGAGCUUAGAAACCAACAAAAAGCUGAAGGGCCAAACUGCCCCCAUGCAGCGACUGUACUUUGAAAGCAUACAUGCCUGCAGCAAGCUUCGUGAUGAUAUCCUUACACAGUGGCACAAACUUGGCCUGCAGGUCACCGACGAUAAUUUGGCCGAGGAAGCCAAACGCAUUGACAUGACUGAAAAGGCAGCGUUUUGCAAACUAAUGGGCAUGCCUUCUCCGACUCUAGCCAUCACCGGAGGUUCCGGACAGCUCCUGCAACUUCCAGACGCGGAGAAGCAGGCUGGAACAUCACCAACUCAGUCCCCUCGAAGCGAUACGCAAGGUGGACCCACUGCAUUCGCUCCAAGGCCACGUGUGGAGGACCAUUCCAAGUCGGUUUCCGAGUUGGUUUCCGAGUCGCAUCAAAACUUCACAAGGUUGGCAGUUGCUUGCAUUGCUGUUCAGCUUACAAUUGAAGCUCGCAGCGAGAAGUUACCAGGUGUCGUGGAGACCGGGAUGUACUUGAGUUGCUUCGCUUUGUUCUUGCAGGCAAUGGUCUGCAUCAUUACGCCCUUCAUCACAAACUCUGAGUUGAAGGUUGUUCGAGGGACGGCAGAGACACCUGAUGUAGUGGAUUUCGCGACUGGUCAUCCGCAAAUGUUCAACCUCAUGAGCGGAAUACGAUGGAUUUGCACGGCAAUCCUGUACGUUGGAGUUGCUAUCACCUGCGCAUAUCUUUGGAGCCAAAAAGAUGCUCCAGCGUGGGUGAUCCUGGUGAUGCAUCUCAUCACGUACUUUUUCACAGUUCACUUGUUCUUGUGGCUCUGCUUCACUUUGAGGUCCGUCAGUGGUGGAUUGAUGGAUGCGCUGAGGACAUUGACGACUGCGAAGGAUGCUGUUUCCAUUUGCCCCAUGCUUGCCGUGCUUUUCAUUGAGUGCUGGGUAUCAGCGUUGGAUAUAAAGACACCAACUGGCGCGCGAGGAGUGCCUCAAGGCUAUGGUCAGGACUACAUGUUUGUCGCUACCUGGGCUUUGUUGGUGCAGCUGAUCAUGUGCGUUGUCAACGGCUUUGUUUUCGGCUUGCCGAAGGAUCUCCAGGUCAUGCGGGUUUUCGGCAAUUCCUUGCGAGGAGGGCUAAGCGCAAUCUGGUUUGUCUACUAUUUGGCAAUGGUCACGGUCUAUGCUUCUGUUUUGACCGUCUUUAUGGCCAGGUAUACCAACACCGCAAAAACUGCAACCGGUGCUGGAGCUUGGUUUGCUUAG